CUCCGUCCGCUCUCCACAUGUACAAAAUGGAUUACUCGUAUCUGAACACGUAUGACUCGUGCAUGGCGGCGAUGGAGGCGUCGGCGUACGCGGACUUUAACUCGUGCAGUCAGGCGAACACGUUCCAGUACAACCCGAUCCGGACCGGCUUCAGCUCCGGCCCGGGAUGCGCUCCGCUCGGUUCCGCCAGCUGCACUCUGGGCGCGCUGAGAGAGCACCAGCCCGCGCCCUACAGCACAGUUCCCUACAAGUUCUUCUCGGACCCCUCCGGUCUGAACGAGAAGCGCAAGCAGCGGCGGAUCCGCACGACCUUCACGAGCUCUCAGCUGAAGGAGCUGGAGCGUGUGUUCGCGGAGACGCAUUACCCAGACAUCUACACGCGCGAGGAGCUGGCGCUGAAGAUCGACCUGACCGAGGCGCGAGUGCAGGUUUGGUUCCAGAACCGACGCGCCAAGUUUCGUAAACAAGAACGCGCCGCCAACUCCAAAGGAUGGAGCAAACUGAGACAGACUCAAUCCAGAAGAACUGAUGCUUCAAGAAACCUACUGCAAAGCUCCUCUAUGAUUAUUCUACUUAAAGAGACGACCUGCAGCCCGACGCCCGACAGCACAGCGUCUCUGCCCGGCUCCGGGAACAUGGGCAGCCCCGGGGCCAGCAGCCUCAGCCCCAGCCCGGUCUCGGGCUCCUCGGCCGCCUUCUCCAACGCCUCCAUCUCGCCCUCCAUCCACCAGGGCCUCAAGAGCUUUUAA